AUGUCAUCUGAAAAGAUGUUUAGAAUCUUUGAGAAAUGUUGUGAAUACAUGUCGAUCAACUUGUUCUGUGAAGUUGCAAUCAAUGGAACACUCAAACAUUUUAAAAUAAUCAUGGAAACUCUUCCUGUCAAGCUAUUACUUAGUAAUCAAUGGAUUUCAAGUAUCAUGGAGAAUACAACAGAUGGAAACAGAGAUAUUGCCAGUUAUUAUAUCCAGUUGGUUCGGCAACGAGCUUAUCCUGACUUCCAACCAUUUUAUAAUAAAAAAGAACUGCCAAAGAUAUCUGAACAUAUGCAUUUGGGAAUGUAUCUCUAUUUCAUUGAUAACAGAGGUAAAAUCCAGCAAGAAUUCAAUCAAGAUGUGUGGAAUUUAUUUACCGGUGAUCUUCAGAAAUCACUUGAAUCAAACAAUUAUACAAUAAGUGAUUGGAUCAUUCAACAUCUUCAAACAAUGAGAGAGUUGAAAAAGGAUUUCAAUUUGGGUAUUAAUAUUCCACCGAUGUCACUCUAUGUUACCGAUAUCGAUCAACAUAGAAAUGCAACUGGCAGAUUCAAAGUUUUACAAUCGAUGGUCGACGAAUCGAAAGAAUAUUCAAGCAUAAUAGAGCGUUUUAGGAAAAUAGCGGUUUUCAAUGCUCUUAAAUCUUCAAACUACGAUGCAUUGCUUUAUCUCAAGGAGAUCUAUACUACCAAUAUUCUCGGUAAAGGAUUGACAUCGGUGGUUCAGUACUCUCUCUCCAAUAUCCGAUGGAUUGCUCAGAUAGUGUCAGAACAGUAUUGCGAACAUAUUAAUAUAAUUAAAAAGUCAUUAGACAAUAUAUUGGUCAGUAGCAAUGUCAUGGAAACAGAUAGUAGCGUCGAUAAUACCAAUAGUAAUAAUGAAGAUUCUGAAUUCUCGAAAUCAAUCAAAUCGAUAUGGGAUUCAUUAAAGUCAUCAUCGUUAUGCUACCAUUCAUUAUCAGUAUCAGAGAAUGAGAUUACACAACACUUUGAACAACUACACCAAUAUCUGAUAACUGAGGAACAUAAAUUAAAGAAAUCAAUCAUCAACGAUAAAGAAACAAUCAUUAAUUAUAUAGAUAAUAAUAUUAAUAAAUUGAAAUAUAUAGUCAAUAUUUUAAAGAUAAAUAAUAAACUGAACAAUGAUAUUGAGAAUAAUAAAAGUAACGAUGAUGAUGAUAAUAGUGAUAAAGAUAAUAGUAAUGAUGGUAUGUCAAUAAUUGAAGAUACAUCAUCACAGUAUUCAACAGCAACUAUAAUGGAAUCAAUCACAUCAAGUUCAUCAUUAAAAUCAUUCAUCAUUGAUAAUAAUCAGACUUUGUUCAGUGAUCAGUAUGAUCCUUUCAAUGCUAGUGAACUAAUCAAACAACAUAACAAUGAUAGGUCAUUAUUGCUACUGGACCUCAUUUAUAAAUACAACAAUCAAUUCAAAUCAUCGACAAUUACAAACUCUGCUUCAUCGUAUCAAGUAACAAUCAAACAACAUGACUUUAAUCAGCUGAAUUUAUUGAUCGACCAAUCAAUCAAACUUUCGAAAAAAGGAACAUAUAUAUUUACAACACAUCGUGACAAAGGAGCGACACUGAUUGACAUAUCAAACAAUAACUCUAUAGAUGAAAUCUAUAUUGAUUAUAAUUUUUACGGUACAUUCCAAUCAAUUAUUUCAAUAGGCGAAUAUAUCUAUUUGUUCGGUGGACACCACAAUCUUGGUAAAUGGAUGAAAUUCUCAAUAAAAUCGAAAUCAAUUGAAAAAAUUGGCUAUUUAGAAGGAAUAAAUGAUGAUUUUAAUAUUUCAGUUUGUUACGAUGGUCUAGAUCAUAUCUAUUUGGUGAGCGGUGGCAAAACAAAUAGAAUUGAUCGAUUUAAUAUCAAAACAAUGAAAUUCGAUCAUUAUCAUAAAUUACCCAAAGAAUACUAUAGUCAAGUAUCAACAAUGAUCUUCAAAGGCGCAUUAUAUUCAGUAUCACAAGAUCAAAAUCUCAUAUUUAAAUUAGAUUUGGCAAAUCGAACCGUAACAGAACAACAAAUCGACACGAUUCCAUACACAGCCUGUCAUGAUAACAACGGAAAUUUCUUCAUUUUCGAUCGAACAAACGCUCGGUUCAUUAAAUACAAUGUUGAAGACAAACAAACUGUCCAUCUCUAUUAUAUCCCUGCCUUAGAUGGACGUGCUUAUUUGAGGUACUAUCGUGAAUCACCAACAUCAAGCUUUAUCUAUUCUUUUGGUGGUGUCAGAUAUGGUAAUUUUAAAUAUUCAAUUGAAGACAAUCAAUGUGAACCAUUCUUAAAAAAUGAUAAUUUAGAAAGACAUUGGUGUGGAUCUAUAGUAAUAAAUUAUUAG